GAGCGAGCCUUCAAAAGAAGAUGAAUGCAACAAACACAAAACCCCACACUCACACUAACACAAACACAAACAAACGAAACAAGUAACAAGCCUCAUCCUCAAAUUUAAAACCUCUCUUGUCUCCAUCUUCAUUCCUGCACAUUAUACACACAGAUACAGAGACAAGAUAAGAAGAAUGACAGGGGCAGUGAUGGUGAGCAAGGGCGCUGGAUGCGGUGGUGGUAGGAGAGCGUCGGAGCAAGACGACGACGAACAGAACCAGCUGUCUCCGGUGGCGGUUCUGUUGGCGGCGCUUAGGAAAUCAAUGGUGGCUUGCAGUGUAGACAGUCCCAAAGAUGUGAUAUCGAAUACCGUUCAUCAAAUGGAGAUUGGAUGGCCCACAAACGUUAAGCACGUUAGUCAUGUCACCUUCGAUCGCUUCAAUGGCUUCCUUGGUCUCCCCGUUGAGUUAGAGGUUCAUGUUCCCGCUCCUGUUCCCAGUGCUAGUGUUAGUGUUUUUGGUGUCUCAGCUGAAUCAAUGCAAUGUUCUUAUGAUUCAAAAGGAAACAGUGUCCCAACUAUUCUCUUGCUAAUGCAGGAGCGACUAUACUCACAGGAAGGCCUAAAGGCUGAAGGUAUAUUUAGGAUAAACCCGGAAAACGGCGAAGAGGAGCUAUUAAGGGACCAGCUGAAUAGAGGCAUUGUGCCGGAAGACAUUGAUGUUCAUUGCUUGGCAGGGCUAAUUAAAGCUUGGUUCCGAGAACUUCCUUCGGGGGUGCUCGAUGGACUUUCCCCUGAGCAAGUUCUUCAGUGCAAUACAGAAGAAGAUGCUGUUGAGCUUGUGAAGCAGCUAAAGCCAACUGAAUCAGCCUUGCUCAACUGGGCCAUUGAUCUCAUGGCUGAUGUUGUUGUAGAAGAGGAGUAUAACAAAAUGGAUGCUAGAAAUAUAGCUAUGGUUUUUGCUCCAAACAUGACUCAGAUGUCUGAUCCAUUAACUGCUCUGAUGCAUGCGGUCCAAGUGAUGAAUUUACUAAAGACCCUGAUAUUGAAGACACUUAGAGAACGCGAAGAAACAGCAACAGAUGGUUAUUCUCCCAUGUCAUUUCGCUCAUCAGAUUGCCAAUCUGAGGAUGAAUAUGACAGUCAGCAACUAACAGAUACCAGCGGGGAAUUGCGGGGAACAAAGUUAGAUUAUGACGAUCAUGAUGAUGAUGCUAACUGCAGCCAUAGCAGUGAAGGGGAAGAAAGGGAGGUCCAGUCUCUAAGCGAGAUAGAGCAUUGCUUCUUGAAGUGUUUGAAUGAAAACACAGAAGAAGGAUGCUCAGAACAAGAACCUCCUCCUGAAGGAUCUUUGCUAGAAGAAUUCUGUAGCCCCAAAAGUUGCUCUGGCUAUAACAAGCAAUCUGCUGUAUCAUUAACUAAUAUCAAACCUGGGAAUUCGUGCUCAAGUCCCUCUUAUGGAGACGAUUCGAGUUCACCACUGACUGCGGAGGGGUCGAAUGUCAACACAAGUAGCCCAUCAACAGGAAGUACAGACACCAGUCAUGUGGAGAUAAUAGAUAAAUUUGCAAUAUCUGAAUCGUUGGGGCCACUGUUUUCAUCUAGUUAAGAACCUUAGUGUCCUUUUUUAGCAGUGUGUUACUAGUAACUUGUAUCAGAUUGUCUCAACAAGCAGGGGUUGCUUGUGUAAAAUAGUUGAUAGAUGGAACAUGAUUUGUUUGUUUGUUGUGGA